GAGUUUGUCAGGGGCCAUGGCGGCGGGCACGGUGGCGGAGGGGGACGCACUCAUGGAGGAGCUGGUGGACCAGGGCCUGGGGAUGGAGGAGACGGUGCACGGCCUGCUGAGGAGGCCCUCGCUGAAGGAGAGCUACCACAGCGACUCACUGCUGGCGCCAGACACCGACUUCAUGACAGAUGACCGCAGCUCAGCAGCCAGUGGUCUGGAUGUGGCUGACCGACUGACCUACCUGGAGCAGAGGAUGCAGAUGCAGGAAGAUGAGAUCCAGUUGUUGAAGAUGGCUCUGGCUGACGUCCUCAAGAGGCUCAACAUCUCUGAGGAGCACCAGGCCGCUGCUGCCGCCGCCAAUGCUGGCCGGAGGGUGCCAGGUGGAAAAGCCAGGCCAGUCUCUCUGGCUCUGCCCUCCAGGCCCCCCAUGGUCUCCACGAGUUCUGCCUUCCUGAAGAAGAGCUCCACGCUGCCCUCCAGCUCCACAGCCAGGAACUACAGCCCCACACCACCUCGCAGUGGUGUGAAGAGCCCACCAGGGAGUGUGAAGGACAGUCCAUGUAAGACUACCAAAUCACGGCCCACGUCUGCAGCUUCCUCAUGUAAAAAAGAAGGCAGCAGCAAGUCUAAGGAGGCUGCAGUAAGUGCAGGAACAAGACGUGUGACACACUGCAAAGUGACUAUGCAGAUCUAUCUGAGCCCCCAAGCAAGAAAGACUGGAUCUUCUGAGACCACCAAGUCGGCGCCCGUGGUGCCUGCCGGCAGCGGGCCCUCGGUGGUGCCUGGCAACCCCCAGAUGAGGGGAGGCAGCAAGACGGAGAAGAGGAGGUCGACCCCGUCCUUGACCCUGAACCUGCAGAAGACUACGACCAGCCAGAGCACGCACCAGGACACGUCCAGCUACAAGAGCCCCCUCAAGUCACCCAGCCAGUACUUUCAGAUUUGUUACUGAGGAGAGAGGAUAGAGAUAGAAUUAGUCCAACUUUGUCAUGAAGUUUCCCCAUAAUCAUUCUGAACAGAAACUGCAAGUAAAGACUUCAUUACAAUGUUGGAAAAACUAAACAAAAUUCAAACUGGUAAUAAUAACAAUUGGAGAUCUACAGUACAGCAUCAACACAUUCACAUUAACAAGUCAAAUUAGUUAAAUGAGUCACUACAGGGUUUUAUGGCAUUAAUAUAUAUCUGAAUAUUCAUUUUUUCAUGAUAGUGUGAAAGUACCACUGUUUAGUUUCUGUUUCCCACAUGUUAGCUCCUGCAUCUUGUUUCAGUGUUUCUGUGUUCAAGUCUUCACUUUGUCUGACUG